AUGGGAAUAUUAUGAUCACACGUAGCUAUUCCUGAGAUAUAUAGAAUGGAUUUUCUGGAAGGAAUGUUUAUCGUUAUUCGUCCUUUUAUAUAUAUGUAUAUAGCGCUAUUCGUAUUUUACACCAUCUAUAUAACCAUAUAAUCUUUAAUUCCAGGUAGGUAAUAUUGAUGUUCAGAUAAAAGGAACGAAUACUUUUUAAUUAGAUUUGAUUAGAUGUUAUAAAUAAAUUUCUUCUAGAUAAAACGGAUCCUUAUCGACGAGGUUAGAUUAAAUUAAAGUCGUAAAUUAUCAAUUAAUAUAUCGGUGAAACUAGACUCGUGCGUGAAUAAUAUCGUUGAAAGAUAUGUUUAAAAAACGUACGUUCGUCUCUCUCGACGAUUGUUUAUAUUCACACAUAACUAAUUAAAUCGUAAAAGAAAUUUUAUUCGAAACUUUUUCCAACCACGAUAUCGGAACCACUUUUUCACGAUAUCGGAAAAUAAUAAUUGCAUCGGUGUAUAAUUAUCAGAUAUUAAUUUUUCUCUUUUUUUUCCAUCAAACCCGGAUUAAAGAUUGUCUUCGGGCGUUUAUCUUUUAAUACUCGUCAUUGAAAGCUGCCCAUUAUCUGGUAGAAUUAUCAUUAUGUCACGUAUCUUGUAGAAGAAAAAAUUUUCAUAAUAUGGAAUACAUUCCAGAUAUUGCAACACGUGACUCGAUAAGCAAAUAUUAAAAAAAUUAGCGUGAAUAAUUGGCGACAACGAAGUCAUCGAGUAUCGGAUAAUCGGGGCGGAGAGAGCGAGUUUACGAUUGUCGAAGCGCGUUUUAUCGUACGAAACGCGCUGACUCGAUACAUUUGGCCGCGAUGAAAAUAAAAGAAGGAAAAGAAGAAAAGAAAACAACGCGUCGGAUGUUCUCGGGUGGAAAAUAUUAUUUCGCUCGCGUUUUCGAUUAUUAAUUCCCGCGGCGCACGCGAUCGGCAGGUCGCGCGUUCUCCUCCUGCGUUGGACUCGCGUGUACGCGCCACGGGAUCGGGAACGGCAUCACGAGAUCGCCCUUUUAUUUUCUCCUCGCCUGCCUCCACCUGAAAGUGGAGAACGAAACGAGAGAGAAAGGCAGGGGCGCGAGCAACCUCGUUGAAAUUCGUUAGAGGGACACUCGACUUUUUUCUUUUCUUCCGUAAGAGCCGGGAAUCGGUUACUCAACGAGCUGUCCAUCGUCGUAAUCGUGUCACGACAUCCGCGCUAAUAGCGGUCCUCGAACGAAUCUGUUUACGCGUUGCCUUCGAUUUGUCCUUUAUUUUUUUUCCUUUAUUCGACCAACUGGUAUCGUUGAUUUAUGUAAGGAGAGAGAGAGGGGGGGAAAUUGAACGACAUCUGUCGCGACUUCGAAUUAGAAGAAAAUUCGUGAAAACGAAGCUAUCGAAUAAUAUAGAAAGUUUUGGAAAGUUUUGAAAGUGCAAUAAAUUCGAUCGAUAUUUUCAACGGGGAGAGAAGAUGGUCGAGAUAUUUUUUUGAGAAUUUAUCUCGGUCGAAUCGGCGAUGCCGCUCUUCCUUCACCUUUCGACCCUGCUCCUUAAAUCUCGCCGCUGGAUUAUUACGUUUAAUUACGAGAUCGAUUACGCCGAUACGCACGAUAUAGCGAUAAUCGAUAAUCCAGAUCUUCGCUUCUUGUUCAUCGAGCCGGCUUUCCGUCCUCGUUAAAUCAAGACCGACUUCUCGAUCGCUCUAUUUCAUCGAUAAUACUAAUAAUAACGAUUGUCCAAAUGUUUAAAAACACGUUUAAAAACACGUUAGCGUGAACGAUGGGAACGAAUUGUUGGUUCGACGUUUUAUCCUGAUCGAAAACACUUUUCGUUCAGCUCAGAUGUUGGAUUUAAUAAAAAAAAAAGAAAAUAAAAACAAACGAUUUGUACAACGCGUUAAUUAUUGUAUCAGAUUUUAUUAUACACAGUGACAACUGUUACAAAUGGAUAAAAUCUUAAACUUAUAAAGUAACCGUACACGAGCAUCGAUUAAAAUUAAAAGGAAUUCUUUCUAUACGACUUUCGCGUAGAAAAUAUAUAUAUAUAUAGGUUAGGUAAGGAGAAAUUGUUUACUUGAACGUAAAAUUGAAAAAAAUGAAAAAGCCGUGGAUAGCUUGCGCGCGUGUAGAAAGCGAAACAACAAAAAACCGUAAUGAACCUGUCACAAAAGGCGACCGUCUAUCGCAACGAUGUGCUUAUUUAAAAUAUCACGUAAGAAAGUAACGAUUAAUAAUCGAGGCGAUGACUUUUUCAAAAAUUCUAUAACGGCAUCUUAAUAUCCAACCAACGAUAAACACAUCCACGACAUAUCACAUGUCGUUAAUUUACAUAAUCGUAACGAUUUUAUUGUUUCAAAGUCGAUCCAUUAUUAGAAAUACUUUCAUUCGGGAACAGAGAUAAUUCUGAAUAAGCACGAAGAAAAUUGUAAAUAACAUCUUGACGAUCGACCCAACUUACCCGCGAUACAAAUCGUUAAUUUAAUCGGUGUAACGAUUUUAUCGUUUCGAAAGCGACCGAUCCAUUGUUAGAAAUAGUUUGACUCAAAGUAUAUCGUGGUGAGAUAAUGGUAUUCCAAAUAAGAGCGCGAAGAGGAUAAAAGAACGACGGUUAUAUUGGAAAUGAUGGAAGAAAGGCGAGCGCAGGUGACGGUGCAUUAAGGGGUGCGUGCAAGGUAUUUGUUAUCGCAUAAUGACGUUCUGCUUGAUUUGCGUUACGCCCGCCUGAUUUCAGGUGGAUAUCUCGGUUAUAUGCGCGCUCGGUCAACUCGGUGCGCCUCGUAUCCUGUCGAUCGGCCGAUCGAUAGGCCGGAUAAGUGGUAAUGGAAUAAUCGACGUUUCGUGUAAGGGAUAGUCGGAUAAUCGGACGCGGGCGCGAUCAUCCCCGCAACAAUAUCCGGUGACACGGUUCCUUUUCUUUUAAAUAUCGGCGCGGUGCAUCGGGUGGGAAUCUGCUCGCGAUCGGUCAACCGUUCCGCGAACCGGUUGCCGGUGGGGAGGAGGGGCGGCUUGUAAUUGGAUUAACGGACCAUUGUCAGCCUUAUCUUAAUCGCCGUUUAUGCGUUCGCGUUGUUUACGAGUGGAAAUUGCGGAUCGAUGUUUCGCACGGCCGAUGAUCAAUCCUCGAUACAAAGCGUCUUUGUUUCACGCGUUUUAUUACAACUACACGUGUAGGCGUGCUAUCAGCUCGCUAUUCGCAAGUUAUCAAUCUUGUCGCACGAUUGCUUUCUUAUCUCUUAUCCCUUUUUUCUUUCCUUUCCUUUUCCUCUUUUUUACGUGGAGUUUGACGUUACAAUGAGAAAAAAAGACGCGCAGCUUAAUUCGGUUCGUUGAUUCGUUGACUCGAGGAAAGAAAUGUUUCGUUAAAUUCGUUAUAUUUCCACUCUAUAUAUACCGGUAUUGUGUUCUAGACGGGGAUUCGGUUACACGGAUCGCGCGUGUCUUCCUCGGUUUCAAAGUAUUUUGAUAUCUUUCUCAGAAGAAGAGGAUCUACCUCGGGGAAGAAACGUGACGAUGCUACGAUAUUCGGGGGCGUGCGAGACCGCGUCGUCUUAAAAAAAAGUGCUGACGAGCCGGGUCAUCCACCUCUAACCUUUUCCUCAGCGGAAUCUUGCUCGAUCGAUGGACGAAGUUACGAGAAUUUCAUAAACGAAUGACCCAUAAAAAAGCUUCCACGAAUUUGGCAAAUUCGUCCAAGUAAACGCAAAUUUGGCUUGGCAAAAGUGCGUGCCACGCGAAUAUACAUAUGUGGCAUCAGCAACUUUGCGUGUUAAUUUACGUGUUCGUGACAGAGCGCAGUGCAGUUUCGAUCGAACCUUUAAACGAUCAACACCAAGGAGAAUAGUAACAACAACAACAACAACAAUAAUGGCACAGUUGGCGAUGUUCGUAAUGGCUGUUUUCUUAAUCGGCCAAGCUCUAGCCGACAUCAUAGUGCAGCCUGGAUACGAGCAUUCCGCGCAACAACGCGUAGCCACGCAACCCCCCGAAACCGUUCGGCAUUCGGUUCAACAGGAUAAUCAACAGCAAGAUCGUCAACAAGAGCGAUACGCGGAUCCGGGCUAUCAUUUGGAACUUCAUCCAGUGUACGGAAAUUCGUAUCACGUUCCUAGCUACGCGGUGUUGCCGAUAUAUUCAGGAACGUUGCCACCGAUGUCAAAGGCCACCUACAAGCGAUUGCUUUCCUCGUUGGGCGAAAUUACCGAAGUGCCUUCCAACCUUCCACCACAAUAUUACCAAUAUAACCUUCCUCCGGCAGUACACAGUAGACGCAAAAGGUCCAACGGCGAGAAGCUCGAUAGUGCAGGACAGGGGAACAAACAUGAUGAAAAUGAUGUGGCCGCGAAGCCGUCCCUAAGCGAUGACGCGAUGUCGGUGGUUGAUUUGCAAAAUCAAGAUGAGAAGCGCGUGAAAGCUCGUCACAGCGUGACUCUGUUGGGACUGAAACCGUCCAACAUGCGCCCCGUGCACCAACAGUAUCGCACCUACGACCCCCAACAAAUGACGGGAGGUCAACAAACCUUGUCCCAAGCGAAUCCGCAAGAAACGUCGCAGCAACAACAACAACAAGCUGCAGCUACCCCUUCACAAACCUCGAACCCCGACGCCGAGAACGUUCAACGCUCGAUAUUUUUGCAAGAUCACCUGUCCCAGCAACCGCAACAAUUUAGGCUCGAGCAGAGAAAGUUCCCCGAGCUGAGACCGCUUUCCGCUGGUCAAUCGUCGCCAAUCGUGGCGAAAUCGGACGAUCACGUGGCAGCCCGAACCUCCAUGAUACCCUCCGGAGUUAAUAACGAGGAGAUAGUGGGCACAAAAUUGGGGGACAUCUACAAGAUAAAAGUGAUUCAGAAUCUGCAUCAGCACGGGCGUGGAAGAACGACGGAGAACACGCCGAAGGAGGACGUCAGUGUGAAUUUCAUUAAUCCGGGGAACAAUAAGGGGGUUAAUAAGAAUUUAGCAACGGUGCAAGGUGGCGGGGAGCAAGCCGCGGCGCAAACUGGUGCAGAGCAACUCGUGCAAGUUUAUCAACUUCCGGACGAGUUGGGGGUAAACUAUGUACAAAAUCCUCAAUACAUCGUUCUUCCUCAAACUUAUCCCCUUAACUACGUCGGUAAUUACGUCGACAAUUAUGCAUCGGCCGUGUAUCCGUAUACGCCCCUCUACUCGUCCUACAAAAUUUGUUUCGAGAGUCCCGACAACCUACAACAGCCUAUCGCGUAUCAGUUAGUUUAAGUCUUUGAUUUUGCAAAUCGAAUAAUCAAUUGUUUGGCUAGAUUGUAUCUAUUAACGUGGACAAAAAGUUCGUACAACUUGUUUCUUCUUCUUUCUCUCUCUCUUAGAUCGCAUUCUUACGGUUUUUUAAUCGUUUCGUUGGUAUUCCAAAGAAGUAACAUGUUACGAACUUUUCGUCAACGGUGUUCUAUAAGAUAGUAUUUUAUAUUUUUCUACAAAUAUCGUCCAUAACGUGUAAGAAUUGGAUUGAUAUUAUUUAAUAAAACAUCGUGUGUUUGUUA